AACUCUUAUUCGACUUAAGGGAAAGUCGAUCUGAGGGGAAUCUAUUUAUUUCAUGAGUAGAAGGAGAUCGUAUUGUGGGGUUUUAUUUAUUAAAACCAAUUAUUUCUUUUGUUCUGAGAAAUUAAUAAUAAUACAUAAAAACACAUCUUCGGUAGAUUGUAGACCAUCACGGCUGUUGAUUUAAAAAGUACAGAGAUGGUGGAUUUAUGUCUGCAGAAGAAAAAAUCGGUAGAGAAGAAAAGAAAACUAAUAAGCAGUAAUCAACCAAAUUCAGAAUCAGCUAAAUAUUCAAACGAAGAUAUUGAAAAGCAAGCAAGUGAGAAUAAUAAGAAAAUUAAACUAAAUGGAGGACCUUGGAGAAACCUAGUCUUUGUUUCAUCUAUUGAAGGUACAGAGCUAGAUAAUCAAAGGAAACUUGAACUUGCACUUGAAUACGUUAAUUCGUCUAAGUGCUCUGAUGAUUACGAUGGAGGAGAUUGUGUUCAAAUGGUUAGCGAUUUUCGUUCAGUUUUGUCCCUCAAUAACUGGGUUCAGUCUCUUUUGAAUGAUGACCCAACACAAUGGGAGGAUUUCAAUGUCUGGGAGAUUUUUAAAUUCUGUCUACAGAAGUCACUGUAUUUGAGAGUUCAAUUAACUUUCAACUCAGAAAAUUUUACAUAUGAUUUCUUGCAUUGGAGAAAAUUUAGCCCUUCUCAGUGAUGAAAGGUGUGAAUUUUACAGUCUUGUUUUGGAUUGUCUUACGUUGCUAUUCACUUCUUCUCAUGGAAGGGUGUUUAUUGCUAAUAUGGAUACAUGGUCCUUGACGGUUGGUUCACUGCUGGAUGUUCUUCACAAGGUUUACCUGGUUAAAGUAUGUAAUGACAAUGAGGGCAUCCUGUUAAUUCGCUUAUCAUGCUUGAUAUUCGACCGUUAUACAAAUUUUUUGAUGGCUCAUCCGAAGAAAGUUUUUCGUAAGUUUUUAGAUAAACUUCUAGAACCAUUGUUGAGUUUCUUAGUAAUGAUGAGUCAAAUUGAUGGUUGUAAUUCCACAUUGACAAAAGAGUUGUUGAAGACAGUGGAAGACGUUUUGUCGUAUGGAUUAUUCCAUCCUGACCAUGUCAAUGAGUUUCUAAGUUUACCAACUACAGAGAGGGGUAUUGAGUUCGGUGAUGGAAAAAGAAAAGAAUCUAAAAUGAGGAAUGUAAGCUAUGGCAUACGACUUUUUGAGAAGUUGGAAAACAUAAUAUCUGAGAAGAGAAUUUCUUCAUUGGGGAGCGUGGGAGAGUUGUUUCGCUUGUUUGUUUUCAGAGUAAAGAAGGAAAAGGGAGUUCCUGUGCUGUCUGAUGGAAUCCAGAUUACUACGACAACUGGGAUUUUAGGACAACCGGGAAAUGUUACUGCAAGUUCCAAGUCCAACUUUUCUGUUGGACAUGGUCACGCAGUCACUAAAAUUACUCAUUCUAGGCUUGACAUGGAAACUGGUAAAUCUGUGUUUAAUAUCUUUUUAUGGUUUAUAAUUCCUUUGAAGCGGGAGAUUGAAACAUAUAAUAAAACCAACAUGGAAGAGGGACUUUUGUUGUUGGAUGCUGCUCGUUGCACCCUUGAAGCUACCAAUAGGAUAAUUGCCAGUUUUAUGCAGGAAAAAGUAUAUCUAAGAACGGAAGAUACUUCUGAUGGAGAGCGUCUUAUUUUCUUGAAGGGGUUGUAUCUGACAGUUAUCUCAUUUUCACAGAGGAUACAUAUGUGGUUACCUGGUUUGACUAAUGAAUCCCCUGCAAAUGGUGUAUCUUUAGUAGCAAAAGAGAUUAUAGUUUCUCUUGGAUAUUUGCUGGAAAUUGAAUAUGAGGUUGCUGGAGAAGAUUUGGUAAGAUUGUGGGAAAUCAUUUUGUCGUAUUUAGUAAUUGAUCUACCUGUAACAGGAUCACCAAAAACCAGCUCCUUGGCUUCACAAGUUUUGCACUUCGGAUGCCAGUUAAUUAACAUAAACAGUGAGCUUCGCCAGGUUUGUGACUCUCUAUUUGCACUGUGUAAAGCUGUAAGGUCACUUGCGAUUUCAAACUGUGAAGAAUGUGUGAAAUCAGUGACAACGCUGUUAUGCUUUCAAGAGUCUAGGGUUGCCGUUUGUAAAGCUAUCAAAAACAUACCUGAAGGGAAGGCAACUGAAUGCAUCGAACGAUUGAAAAAGGAUGUCUCUGAAUCUUUAGACUGGAUGAUGAUCAGCAGUUCAAAGGGAAAAAAGUGCCGCGAGGAAAACGUAGACAUGCAAGCUGAGCUUCUAGGAAGGGCACUACCUGAAGUGUAUACACUGCUAUUAGAUAAUUUAGCUGUCACAACAGGGAACAGUAAAUCUGUUAGGCACUCAAUACAGGACCUGGUGAUUGUCCUAGGUCCAUUCCUAAGUAUUCUUGUUGGAAAAGAACAUUCAAAUGUCAGCGGGUUCCUUUUAUCUGUAACGGGACAAAGAUAUUUAAGCGAGGAAAAGAUAACCAGAUCAAGUGCCUCAUGGAUUUCAUUGUUCUUCUUUCGCAUAUAUGCUUCCUGCAGAAGCUUAAACAAGCAAUUGAUAAGCCUCAUGCCUCCUGAUUCAUCUGAGCAGGCAUCAAAUGCAAUGGGAGACUUUUUGACAGCAUGUGCUGGAGAAAAUUGCAUGGAAAGCACUGAUUUGAGAGAUCAUGGUUAUAUUUCUUGGAUAAUUAGACCCUCAGACCCUCUCUUGAUCAUUAUACAAUCUAUAGAAGAUUUUUGUGGUCAGGACACUAUUGAGAGUUGUGCACCCUUGGUUUAUGUGAUGCAUACCAUGGCUUACCAAAGACUUACUGAUCUUAGCCGACAAAUAAAAGCUUUCAGAUUCAUACAAAAGGAGCAGAAUAACACAAUGUCGAUGAGUGAUGCUGUCUCACAUCUGCUUUGUGAGGAAAUUAAAAUUUUAAGGAAAGAAGCUAAGGAUCUUACUUUUUAUCUUAUGGAAAAGAUCGAGCUGAUGGUUGUAUAAAUUCUGAUGGCAAAGAGCAACAAAAUUCACCUGAAGAUGAUGCAUGGGAUUUAUGUAUCCCCUCUAUGGAUGAAGGUUCAUUGCCUACUGCUGUCUGGUAUCUUCUUUGCCAAAAUGCUGAUAUUUGGGGCCCUUAUGCUACGUGGGAGAAGUUGAAGAAGUUCUUGUUUCUGUUGUUCCAUACCACCCCAGGAAGGGCUCGAAGCAGGGGGGACGAUGUUAUAAGGGAUGAACAAUCUCACAAUAUUGAGAAAAUUACUCGUCAUGAAAUAUCAGUGGAGCUGCUACAUGAUACUACAUUCUAUGAACAUACUUUUCUUUGCAGGUAUUUGUCAUCAAGUUUUUCCGGGGUUCUGCAUCAACAUCUAUUAUCAUUAUCUGCUGAUCCUUUGUCUGGAGAUGUUGACUUUGACAACUGGUUGGUAGAUUUGAGUAAAUUUGAGAAGGCGUCGAUUGAUAUUAACAAUAGUAGACGUGCGCCAGGCAGCAAACUUUUGCCCAUCAUGAAGCGGCAUUUCGUUCAUCCCAAUCCCCCUUUCACGAAGUGCACCAAGAAUCUUAUAGCGUGUCGAAGCUUGCUUAAUCUCUUAUGCUGGAUGCCUAAAGUUUAUCUAAAAUCGAAAUCAUUCUCAGAUUGUACCACUAAUGUACUCAAUCUUGAAAGGGUUUUGGUUUCUACCAUCGUGAAGAAUCAUGGUAAAUUAAAGGUGGAUAUUCACUUUGAGUUUUUCAGAUUGUUUGUAUGUUGUAGAAAAGCGUUGAAGUGCCUAUUAACGUCAUUCCACGAUGAUAGCGGUGAAGCUGUACAAUAUUCUGUUGUUCAAAUAUUUAUCAAGAAUUCAUACUCUGUUUUAUUUGGAAAUCCAUCACUGCAUUGAUUCAACUUCUGCCUCCAUUUCCUGAAGAGCAUGCAAGUGAACUGAAGCAUAUGAUUCCUUCUUUGAUGGAUGAUACAUCUCAUAUACUUUUGACAUUAACCAAGGAGCAUUUUACUCUUUCCAUUCCUUCAGCAAUAAACAAUGCAGACUUAAUUCAAGAAUUACCAAUUUCAGAUGAGACCAGCAGAGAAAGAAGUUGGAGUGA